AGUAGAAAAAUGGUAACCUUACCAUCAGUUUUGUAGUCGUCUAUAACUCUGUGUAAAAAAAAUGGCUGUUCAACAUUUUACUAAUUCUGGAGUUUAUUUCACUUGUAAAAAAAUUACCAUGUUAUGUUAUCGUGAAAAUUUACCUGAGCACUUGCGUUUUAAUCCAUACAUAGACCAAGGAUACCGACCACCAAUGCGACCACUGCAAUGUUUUAGCAGCAUACUAACCAUACACAACGAAACAUUAAAUAUUUACACACAUAUUAUUGCACUGAUACUAUCAAUAAGUUUGAUAUAUACGUCACCUUUAAGAGAAGUUAAGGACUUACAAUUCAUUAAAUUAUGUCAUGUAAUUGCUACUAUCAUACCGUGGAUUGGAAGCAUUGUUUAUCACACAUUCAUGAAUGUUUAUGGCAACAAAAGAUAUUAUAAUAUUCUACUGAAAGCCGAUUUAAUUUGUAUAUGGCUAGCUCAAUAUAUGGGAGGAAUACCAGUGGUGUCUGUGACCAUUUACUACCUACCUAGUUACACCAAAGUAAUUAUUGGAGUUUUUUACUGGGCGAUAUGCAUCUGGGGAUUAUAUAAAGUAUUUAAAGUCAAUAAUUUUAUUAAAGCCAGCCGUUUUUACUUUUUUUUACCAAUAACGAUUCGAAUGACUUCAGUUAUUUUAAGAUCAACCUCACAUGGAGGUGGUAGUCAAUCAGCUUUAGGCUAUGUUGUUCUUGCGGAUUUAUCAUCAGUUAUUGGAGGAAUAAUAAAUGCUUCACGAUGGCCUGAAAAAUAUUUUCCAGGAAACUUUGACUUUGUUUUCAACUCUCAUAAUAUUAUGCAUUUAUUAGUAUUAUUAGCUAUGUACUGGAUGCAUCAAGUUAACAUUCAAGAUAUUUUAUGGCUAUCUUCUGUACAAAUUACAAGAAGUAAUGUCUAA